CGCUAGGCCGGGCCCAGCCUGGCAGCCCCCGCCGAGGGAGUGCCCGCCGGUGGCCGCUGGGUGAAGGAGGGGCUGAGGGAGCGGCCGGCCCGGCGAGUGUGGCGGGAGCGCGGCCGGGUGGGGCCGGGCCGCAGGGCGAGCGCUCCCCGGCAGGGCCGUGAGGGACACUGACGUAGCAGAACAGGCAGAUAGGCUGUAACCAAAAGACACUGACAAACAGGAACACAAAUUGCUCCAAAGGACUUAAGAUUGUGUGAAAAAGAUGUUUCCUUUAAAAGAUACCGAGAUGGGUGCCUCCACUUUCUUCGCUUCAGCUCUGCCACAUGAUGUUUGUGGAAGUAAUGGCCUUCCUCUGACACCUAAUUCCAUCAAAAUUUUGGGGAGAUUUCAAAUCCUUAAAACAAUCACCCAUCCCAGGCUUUGCCAGUAUGUUGACAUUACCAGAGGUAAACAUGAGAGACUGGUUGUGGCAGCUGAACACUGUGAAAAGAGCCUGGAAGAUUUGCUACGAGAAAGAAAGCCAGUCAGUUCUUCAAGGAUCUUAUGCAUAGCGUAUGAGGUUUUGCAAGGUUUGCAAUAUAUGAACAAACAUGGAAUGGUCCAUCGAGCACUCUCCCCUUGCAAUAUUCUUUUGGAUCGAAAGGGACAUGUGAAGUUGGCUAAAUUUGGACUCUACCAUAUGACUGCUCAAGGUGUUGAUGUUGAUUUCCCUAUAGGGUACCCAUCAUAUCUGGCACCUGAAGUAAUUGCACAGGGAAUAGUCAAACCAAGUGAUUAUACUCAGUGUGAGAAGCCUCUGCCUUCUGGCCCUAAAUCAGACCUGUGGUCUCUUGGUAUAAUAUUAUUUGAGCUUUGUGUGGGGAGAAAAUUAUUCCAGAGUUUGGAGAUAGCAGAAAGAUUGAAGUUUAUAAUCAUGUUAGGCUGCGUAGAUGAUAUUGUAACUGUAUUGGCUGAAGAACAUGGUUGCCUUGAUAUUAUUAAGGACCUUUCUGAAAAUAUCAUAGCUCUGCUGAAGAAAUGCCUUACAUUCCAGCCUUCUAAGAGGCCAACUCCAGAGGAAUUGCUGCAUGACAGUUUGUUCAGUGAAGUAUCCUCAGUAUAUCCUCCCUUCCACAAACCUGUUGGUCUGUUCUCAUCUUCUCCAAGGUGUGCUAAUUUAACGCUUCCUGAAGACAUAAGUCAAUUAUGUAAAGAUGAGGAUAGCGAUUACCUAGCAGAAAGAUCAAUUGAAGAGGUUUAUUAUCUCUGGUGUUUGGCUGGAGGAGACUUGGAGAAGGAACUUGUCAACAAGGAAAUCAUUCGAUCGAAGCCACCUGUCUGCACGCUUCCCAACUUUUUAUUGGAAGAUGGUGAGAGCUUUGGGCAAGGACGAGAUAGAAGUUCCCUCCUAGAUGAUACAACUGUGACUUUGUCUCUGUGCCAACUCCGAAAUAGACUGAAAGAUGUUGGUGGGGAAGCAUUUUAUCCUUUGCUUGAAGAUGACCAGUCAACUUUACCUCAUUCAAAUAGUAGUAAUGAGCUGUCUGCAGCUGCUAGUCUUCCUCUGAUCAUCCGGGAGAGGGACACAGAGUACCAGUUAAAUAGGAUUGUCCUGUUUGACAGGCUGUUGAAGGCCUACCCAUAUAAGAAAAACCAAAUUUGGAAAGAAGCCAGGGUUGACAUCCCUCCUCUUCUGAGAGGCAUGACCUGGGCUGCACUGUUGGGUGUUGAGGGUGCCAUACAAGCAAAAUAUGAUGCCAUUGAUAAAGACACACCGAUUCCUACAGAUAGACAAAUUGAAGUUGAUAUUCCUCGUUGCCAUCAGUAUGAUGAAUUGUUGUCAUCACCAGAGGGUCAUGCAAAGUUUAGACGCGUACUGAAGGCCUGGGUUGUUUCCCAUCCUGAUUUGGUGUACUGGCAAGGUCUUGACUCUCUUUGUGCACCAUUUCUGUACUUGAAUUUUAACAAUGAAGCUCUGGCAUAUGCCUGCAUGUCUGCUUUUAUCCCCAAGUAUUUGUAUAACUUCUUUCUGAAGGAUAAUUCUCAUGUUAUUCAAGAAUACCUGACAGUGUUUUCCCAGAUGAUUGCAUUCCACGAUCCAGAGCUGAGUAACCACCUUAAUGAAAUUGGUUUUAUUCCAGAUCUUUAUGCUAUUCCUUGGUUUCUUACAAUGUUUACACAUGUCUUUCCUUUGCACAAAAUUUUUCACUUGUGGGAUACAUUACUGCUUGGAAAUUCCUCCUUCCCAUUCUGUAUUGGAGUUGCAAUACUUCAACAACUGAGGGAUCGUCUUCUGGCUAAUGGAUUCAAUGAAUGCAUUCUCCUUUUUUCAGACUUGCCAGAGAUUGACAUUGAGCGUUGUGUUCGUGAGUCAAUCAACCUGUUUCGCUGGACCCCGAAGAGUGCUACAUACAGGCAAUAUGCACAGCCUCCACGGCAAGCCAGUGAGAGCAACGGCACAAGAAGUUCCAUGUCCUGCUUUUCAGCAGACUAUCAGGAAGCACCUCGAAGUGACCUAUCUAGGGAUUCCAUCAAGUUGGAUGACCUGAAGGCAGAGGUGUCGCCACGAAUUUCAGCAGAAGAUCUGAUUGAUUUGUGUGAAUUGACAGGACCCAGUCAUUCCAAAACGCCUGUAAAGAAAACAAAGUCUAGCAAGCCAAAGCUGCUGGUGGUGGACAUUCGUAACAGCGAAGACUUUAACCGUGGCCACAUUUCUGGCAGCAUCAACGUCCCGUUUGCAUCAGCAUUUACUGCAGAAGGGGAUCUCAUCCAGUGCCCAGCAACUGCCACACUCCAGAGCUUUAAAGGCAGAGUUGUGGUGAUUGUAGGAAAUGCAGUGAAGAACACAGCUGCUUUUGCAGCUCAUCUAGUGAAAAACAAGUACCCAAGGGUCUGCAUCCUAGAUGGAGGGAUUAACAAGAUCAAGCCAACUGGUCUCCUCACUGUUCCUUCUCCACAAAUUUAAGUGACUGUAAACAUUCAGGACAAUGUAUCUGAAUAGGGAAGUCUUACCAUACAACAUGGAUAUCCCAAAACCAAUGGGCAUUAUGGCAUCUUCACUAUACAAGCUAUCCUGAUGAUCAGUGUCUUAUCCUGCAGAUGUAGAGCACGUGAGCUUUGCAUUUAUUCUUUGAUUUAAAGCUUCAGUUGGAACAGAUGAAAACUGUGAAGAUUCAAGCUUUCCAAGAAACCUCUUUCAGCAUUGAUGUAGUGCACAACUGGUUGAACAAGUCUGAACACAAGAAGAACAACUCAGCUGGCAUUUGGUAUAUUAUAAAUAUUUCUGCAGAACAAAAUAAACUGGCACUUGAUGGCUCUAAGCUGCACUCAAAUAGAUUAUUUUUCAGAAGUAUUUUACUGUGAAUAUUGAAAAUAACAAGCUGAAACUGUAUCCUGUGUGUAUCCUGUGAAAAAGUGUGUUCUCUAUUAUUUUGAAGAGUAAUUGCUGUAAUCUUGUGACCUGCUUUCUUUUCGAGAAAGCAUUUUUUUCAUCUGGCUUGGAAAUAAAGAUGUGUCCCAGAUUAGAGUUCACUGUAAGAGCUGCUGCUGAGGCGACCCAAACUGUAUCAUAUCCUGCAGAGGUGGAGAAGGCCUACUCUUUUGUGGAGAAUUUAACAUUCUAUUUCCAUAAACACAGCAAAUGCAACAAUUCCUGAAACAAUUGCAUUUACCAGAAACAUAGGCUUUUGACAAUACUGUGUCUUAUGACCAUAGAUCAGUUAUUCUGCAAAUAAUAGUGCUUUUCCACUUUAGAAGCUCAUGCCUUAAAAAGAGUCAAUGCAACUUUAAUUUUCAUCUGAAAGCAUUCUAGAGGAACCACUGUUGGGUAUGAAUUGGAAGUGCAAAGUUCUCUUUGGUUCUCUUCUCUACUCUUUCAGUUAAUGCCGUCAAUUUUAUUUUUUUGUAAGUCCUAUUUCUUAAACAUGAACUUUAAAACUGACAGGCUGAGACAGCAAACCUGUUUCUAAACUAAACUAGAUGCAAGUGCUAUAGAUGAGUGAAAGCAGGCUUCCACAAAGGGCAUAAGGUGACUCUGCACUAGAGAUGUGGAAAUUACUUUGCAAUAAGAAGCCAAAAGUAUUGAAAGUACCUAUAGAAAGAGAAAUUGCCAUGUCUCUGUUGCUGAGAAGCUAAAAAUAAAUUUGAUUCAGACAAAUACCACGUUUCAGGAGAUGUGGGGAAAAAAAAACCACAAAACUUCAUUUCUCUCCCUCAAAAUCCCAGGUUAGCUUUGCUGGCAUGUCAGGUUCUUUAUUCUAAAAACAAUGGGGGGUGGGGGGGAAGGCUAGGAAAAGAAAAGAAAAGAAUCUGUCUUCAAGAAUGCUACUUGGAAGUAGUACCUUUAAUCCAGGAAAACCAGUUGUGAUAAUGUAAGACUGACAGUAUGGCUCUGAAAUUAAAUGGGAAUUUGGAAGAAUUUAUUUUAGACAGGAGACAAGAAACUUUCAUGUUUCUCUUUCUGCAUUUUUAAAGCUUAGAAAACACUGGUGUGACAUGAGGCUUAAUAAUCACUGAAGUGCAGGGAUUAAAAUGUAUUUUGUAAAAUGAACAAAAUGACACCAAAGAUCUCUUCACCUUGUUACAGUCGGAUAUUAGCUUGAAUUGUGAAGUUGGCACUACGUUCUUUAUUGGAGUGUUGUCUGGGACACAGCCGUUAACACAAUACAACCUCACUGUUAGGGUAACGAGGAUUUGCUCUGGAUAUGGUUAUCAUACGCCGUAAUUGAGGAUUUUAUAUCAUGAAGAGUUUUUAGUUUGGUAAACAGAAAGUUGCAGCAGCCAACUUUAUUUCAUUUUACUUCUGUUGCGAGAGAUUUCUGAAAUUGAGACACUUGUGAGAGGAGAGAAGGGCUCAGUGAGAAGGCUGUGAACAGUCUCUAUAAAUCACAGCCAAAUCAGUGAGAAGGCUGUGAACAGUCUCUAUAAAUCACAGCCAAAUCAGUGAGAAGGCUGUGAACAGUCACUAUAAAUCACAGCCAAAACAAUCACUUUUUUGUGCUGUUUUUUUUGUUGUUGUUGUUUGGUUUGAUUUUUAUUUUAGUGGUGGUGGUGACUUUGGGGUUUUUUUUGGUUUGGAAGGUGUUUUUUGAACUGCAGCCAUGGAAGAUGAGACCUUGCAGAAGGCAUUGAAAGAGGAAUGCUUUGGUUUUGCCUGUGCGAUUACCUGAAGAUUUUACCCUGAGUCUUCAGAAGCUGGUCUGUAGCACUAUGUGCUGUCUCCAGGGAGGUUUAGUCUUGCCACAGCUGUGGUUUUGAGAACCCUAUUGGAAAAGUAUGGUGGGUGAAAAGAAUAUGGAGGAAGAGAGGCACCUUUUAGCUCCCUUUGUCUCAGCUUGUCAGUGAUUUGUCUAAAAAAAAUCCUGUGGACUUACAACAUGCUGAUAUAUAUAUAUGGGCUUUCUUGGCUCUAAGGUCAGCAUAAUAUACUGACGCUUUCAAGAAGUUUUUGACUUUAAAAAUUCAAGAUGCCUGGUAGAGUCACCAAGUAAGGGAUCAGAAAUGAAAUGUAGGGACAGAUCAUCAUGUUCCUCUGUCAACACAGGAUUUCUACAACAAUCUCUGGUGAGGCCCAUGGUGCUCAGCUGACUUCAGAAAUGACCUGGAAACGGAGAAGAGCAGCUAAAUAACACGCUUCCUGAUGCUACAAAAGCAUCCACCGUGAUCAAAGUUUUGCGAGGCUGCAUGGAGAAUAAGAAAGACCAUGAUACUCAGUGUCAGAGAGAUUCACUAUGAAAGGGUAUGCCUGGGGCCCUGGAGAACAGUUUUAACCAUGUUCAACAGUGAAUUCAUUGACAGAUAAGAUGACAUUGCAAAUGCCUAACAGCAGCCAGAAAGCCACACAGGAUAUUGGUGAUUGUAUGGAAGGAAAUGAGCAAAACAAGUUAUGCCAUCAGAGAAUUAACCCAUAUGGUACAUUCUGAACACCACACAGAUGCUUUAUAGUACAAAAAAGAUACACAGCAUUACAAUGGAUACAAAACAGAGUCAGAAUAAGGUGAUUUUAGUUACGUUGACUGAAAUUCUUCAGUUUGGAAAAAGAGGCAACCAAAAUAAAACGUCCCACCUUUUGCUGAGAGCACAUUCUUAAAUGUGGAAUUGGUCACCAGAAGAGGCCAACAGUUGAGAAAAAUACUUAUAAAGAAGGAUUAAACAGCUUUGUGGAAUAGCUCUAUCUCUGGCUGACUAUUAACCACAAUGGUUGAGAAACAUAUUCAACUCGGGGCUUUUCUGAUCUAUAGUUAAGAGAGGUUGGAAGAAUGCACCUGAGAAAGACCACCAUAUUUCUUGCACUCCCUUUUCAAGCGUUUGCCCUUCAUAAGUGGAUAUUGGGCUAUAUCCAGUACAGCAGUUCAGUAAGAAGACAACGGUACUGAACCAGAGCGUAUGUGUGCUGCAGCAGUCCUGCUUCAUACAUAGAAGAAUUCUGUCUUGGACCAUCCUGACAGGGGAAGAAACCUGGCAUUUGCCAAACUCAAAAUGAAUAUCAAAAGGAUUCUAGAUGAGAGUCUGAAAUGAGAACAUGGGCUGUUGAAACACGCGACGAGGAAAGACCUGGAAGAAGAGUGUGAAAGAGAACUAUUCCUGGCCUGAAAGAAGUCAUAAAACCUUGUGUGACUACAGGACGUGAGGAUAAGAUGGCAGAGUGAAGAGGUUUCAGGGUGACUCUGAGAGUGCAUACGCAGAUCCCCAGUCUGUGAUUUUCGCAGCCUUUGCGAUGGUUACCGUGCCUCGUCCGCAGGGGGGAACAACCUGGAUACAGAGCCUGGAUACAGAGACCUGGCUCAUACGAAAAUGGCACUAUCUGCUCCCUCCUGGCUGAGGCCUGUGGCUGUUGGGAGCCGCCUGAAAGAGCGGGCGCAGUGAGAGCUGGAGAAGGAUGGUGAGGACAGAACCACUGACCGACCUCGCCUUGGCUCUUCAGAACCUCCGGGAGAAGGUGACGCACACACAGCGUGAGGGCACAACCCAGCUGCAGAGAAACCAGACUUCCGAUCCAGCAAUGAAAACAAGACUUCCAAUUCGUAGCAAGUAACAGCCUCCUUUACUGAUUACUUUAAAAUAACAACAAGGCUUGUCCCACCUGC